GGCUUGGUCGUCCCCGCGAAGAACGCUCAGUCUGUCUAUUGGAAAAGGUUUGCGUCUCGGCCGGAACAAUAGGGAUCUUCGUUUCUUCCCCCAGUAGUAGUAGUACACAGGGAUCAGCCAUGCCUUUCGGAAACACUCACAACGAGAUGAAGCUGAAAUACGCCUCGGCCAAGGAGUACCCCGACCUCACCAAACACAACAACCACAUGGCCAAGAUCCUCACCCCGGCCAUCUACGAGCUGCUGAGGAAGAGGCAGACCCCCAGUGGAUUUACCCUGGAUGACGUCAUCCAGACCGGGAUUGAUAACCCAGGCCACCCCUUCAUCAUGACGGUGGGCUGCGUGGCCGGAGACGAGGAGACCUACGAGGUGUUCAAAGAGCUGCUGGACCCUGUGAUCCAGGACCGCCACGGCGGAUACAAGCCCACAGACAAGCACAAGACCGACCUGGACCCCGCCCACCUCAAGGGGGGAGACGACCUGGACCCCAACUACGUCCUGAGCUCCAGGGUGCGCACCGGGAGGAGCGUCCGCGGCUUCUGCCUGCCGCCCCACUGCAGCCGCGGGGAGCGUCGCGCCGUGGAGACCCUCUCCAUAGAAGCUCUGGACACUCUGUCUGGGGACCUGAAGGGGAAGUACUACGCCCUGAAGAACAUGUCCGACGCAGAGCAGCAGCAGCUCAUCGACGACCACUUCCUGUUUGACAAGCCCGUCUCCCCCCUGCUGCUGGCGUCCGGUAUGGCCCGUGACUGGCCCGACGGCCGCGGCAUCUGGCACAACGAGAACAAGACGUUCCUGGUGUGGGUCAACGAGGAGGACCACCUCCGGGUGAUCUCCAUGCAGCAGGGAGGCAACAUGAAGGAGGUGUUCAACCGCUUCUGCACCGGCCUCACCAAGAUCGAGAAACUGUUCAAGGAGAGGAAACACGAGUUCAUGUGGAACGAGCACCUGGGCUACGUGCUCACCUGCCCCUCCAACCUGGGCACAGGGCUGCGCGCAGGAGUCCACGUCAAGCUGCCCAACGUCAGCAAGAACGCCAAGUUUGAGGAGAUCCUCAAGAAGCUGCGGCUCCAGAAGCGUGGAACAGGGGGUGUGGACACGGCGGCCGUGGGCGGGACCUUUGACAUCUCCAACGCGGACCGCCUGGGCUUCUCCGAGGUGGAGCUGGUGCAGAUGGUGGUGGACGGAGUCAAGCUGCUGGUGGAGAUGGAGAAGAAGCUGGAGAAGGGCCAGCCCAUCGACGCCAUGAUCCCCGCCCAGAAGUAACCUCCUCCUGCUGGGUCCUGCCCCCCUGGCCUGACGUAUUGACCCCCCCGUUCUGGAAUGUUCCCCCUAUUUAAAAACUUCAAUGUUUUGUUGAAGCUGGCGCUGAACAUGAAAUAAAGUUGUUCUGAACCAAACCGUGUCUUAAUUAAAU